CGCACCGCUGAGCAGCACAUCGCCCGUGGGCUGCCCGGAGGAAAAUACAUCAAACAUUAAAAAAAAAAAAAAAAAAUUAAAAAUAUAUUAAAAAAUAUCAAAAGUUUGGAAGUACGGUUUCUCUAGAAAUGUGUGGGAAAGUCACUAUUUGCUUUUCUGUAUAAUGGUUACCUAGAGAUUUAGUAAGAAUGGAGAUUAAGCUAGAUGUGCUCAUCUCUACGUGUAUCAAGCAAAGAAAACCAUGGCCCCGCAUAUCAUGGGUUGGACAGGAAAAAGAGGCUGUUUUUCUUCUAGAUGGUAAACAUAUAAAUGAAAUUAACUUGGCAUCAGGGAAGACAAAGAAGAAAAUACCUUCGCUGCAGUCAUUGUUGAAAAAUGUGGUUGUCUUAACAACAUCAGGAAAUGCUGCUUGGUUGGCAGGAAUACUUACAACAGGAGAGCUGUUUCUUUGGAAUAAAGAUCAGGACUGCUUGAAAAUUGUGCCAGCAAUCGAAGAGUCCAAAAAAGUAGUAGCAGGAGCACAAGAGUGUUUAAUGAGGUUGUACUUGUAUGUAUCUGGAGAUGGCAGAAAGGUACUGUUAACUACUCCUACAGCAUGUGCCUUUUUGUGGGAGAGUACAGAACAUGAAAAUACAGCCUCUGGUAAAACCUCUCUUUCUGGGCGUUGGACACAAGUUUUAACUGAUGAAUCUGUUAUAUUGCCUUCUACUGAAGAAAAAGAAAUUGGAGUGGAUGCUGCUUUCAUACAAAAUGAGGUACUAGGUGAUUGCUGUUUGUGUUCUUUUGUAUUUUACUCUGGUGAGUGUUUGAUGCUCACAUUUUUGAUUCUUCGAUGGCAUGAAAAUACCUUUAAAAAUAUUAGUUCUUUGCCAUACCAGAUCCAGUGGGUACAGCAGACUUGUUCUCUUGUUAAUUUGGUACCUCAGUGUGUGUCUGUAAAGUCAAGAGGAGCUCUGCUAUGUGCAUUUGCAAGAGAUGGACUUCUGCUUGCAGUAGCUGUAAAUCAGACUGAUCCAAAGGCAACUCAGGUUUUGUUUCUGAACACCUUGAAUUUUGUAACAGUUUCGGGUAGCCUGAAAGGUUGUAGUAGCAAGAGUAGCAUGACCCCAUCCAGGUUCAUCAGAUCUUACUGGGUUGGCGAUAUGAGUUGGACUCCUGAUAGCCUUUUCUUGGCUUGCAUGUUAAAACGCGGAUGUUUGGUUUUAUUGACAUGUAUGGGGGAAUUGCUGACCUUAAUUGCUUCUGGAUGCUCUGUAGAAUUUGGACCAGCACAGUUUAUUCCAUUUCAUCCACUAAUAACAUACAGACAGCACCACUCUUGUUGUCGAGAUUCCAGCCAGUCUCUUGGUUCUUCAGAUUCUGACCGUGACCUCCUGAAACAGAGAUUCUCUGUUGCUUCACAUCCAAGACUACCCUACCUCAUUGUCUCUGAUGGAUACAUGAUAACACUGCUAAGAUUUCCUAACAACUUUUCACCAUCAGGAUUUAUGAGAUCCCUUUUGCUUGAUUCAGCCCAACAGCUUGAAAACAUCCGUCAGAAUUUGAUGAACUUCAAGUGUAAAGGGAGAUCUCGGUACUUACGAUCACUGUUGUCUUUAAAAGCCAGUCUUUUAAAACAAGUUCAAAAUCAAAGUUCUAUCUUUUCCACCAUUCCGAGAUUCUUGGAGGAGGACACAACAGAAAUGAAUGAGAAAACCAUGGAUUUACUGGACCUUGAAGAAGAAUCAGACAAUGGAAAGCAGUUUUACAAUAGCCCUUCCAGCUUCUAUAACCAAAGAAUCUAUUCGUCUGUUGGUAAAGCUGAUGAAGGUUGCUUAGAAUUUGCAUCAAUGUUUGAUACCAUCCAUGCAGAAGAUGAUAUUGAAGAGAAAGAUAAAUCAGCAUUGGAACUAUAUUCCAUUCAGAAGAACCUCCUUGGUGCAUGGCAGAUAGGGAUUUCAAAAAAUAUAGAAGAGAAAGAUGCAUUACUGAAUUACACAGUGAACUGCAUUAUCCAUUUUUUCAGCAUUAUUCAGUUUGUGAAAUGUACUUUGCUAAACCAGGAUGCAUUUUUAAACAAGUCUCUGAAGACUACUCAGUGGAUGCAUUUUGUCCUGAAAUAUUUUCAGCAGUGUUUGACUGUCUUGUACUGGCAUUCAAGAGCCAGUGUGACUGGGCAUGUGGCAAAGUUGACAUUCGAAACUUUAAAACUGAUGUUUAUACAGCAACAAGAUCAGUUGUUCUCAAAAAACCUUUUGGCAUGCUUCUGUCUUUUGAAAAUGGUUUCUCACACCCUAAGCAGAGUAUGUGUACUACAGUAUGAGAAUUUUUUUGCCUCUCCUGACAGUAAUACUCUUGUGGAACUUGACUCUCUCACAGUGCCUGUUUUCUUAGUUCUUGAUGAGAAUACUACUCAGCAGUUUAGCUCACUGAAAUCUCUGCUUAGAGAGUGUCCUCAAGUAAUCCAUGAUGCAAAAACAGAAAAAAGGUUGACUGUACUAUGGCAACUGUUGUAUAAGAAAGUGGUUUGGUAUCAGGUGCAGCUAAAAAGAAAAGUGAACAAAAGUGCAGAAGAGGUUUCUGUUGUCUCAUUGCUUUUAAGUCAUAUACAAGCAGCCAUCCAGUCUUCAGGAGUGACAUUAGAACAACAUAUGAAGAUUAAUUCUGUGUCUGGUGAGGAGCAGUUCCUUUUAGGCUCAUACAGAGAAUCUGUGGACAUUUGGAAAAGAUCUCUUUGUGAACUCAAGACAAAUGGAGGAAAAAGAGCAUGUUUUCUUCAGCGUAGAUACUAUCUUGCAAUAUUGUUUUGUCACUUGUAUCAAUAUAACGUGUGUGAAGCUCAGGGACUCUGCGAUCAUCUGGUAAGAGAGAUUCUAAGGCGAUCACAGCUCUCUACAAGUCAGGUGGAAGAAUUUUCUGAUAUCAAGUAUGUUCAGCAUGAAUUAUGGAUGGUAACCAGCAUUCAUACUGACACUGCCAUGGCUGUGAUUCAAUCCAUGGCACGAUUCAUGGCUGCUUAUUUCACAAAGCAGCUGCUCUACAUCUUUCCUCCCCACAAUGUUGACAUCCUUCAUCCACUUCACAUCAAACAAGAUUCACCUCCUCGUGUCAUUCCACUGCAACACUGUUUGGUUACCAGAGCUGUCAGGGACCAGAAGCUUUCAUCUGUGUGGACAGUUGAAUAUGCUCUUGAUUUGUUCUUUAUUGGUGGACUUAUUCCAGAGGCUGUGUGGUUAGCACACACACUUGGGGACUGGAAGCUGUCUGUGUCAAUUGGUCUGGCCUACCAGCUGUAUUGUCAGAACUCUGAGGAGCUCUCAAGAAUGAAUAAACCAGAGUGUCACCUGCCAUUAAGCUUAUUACCAAUGCAGACUUUUCGGGAAAAGUUACAGUGUUUGUUAGGACAGCCAGUAACUUCUGAAACAUCAGGACAUAUUAAAUACAAGAAGUUCACAGAUCCCAUUGAAGAGGAAGAUGCAGAUGUUCUUUAUAGUUCAAUACAGGAACUACUGAAAGCAGCUGUUAUGGCAGAUGUUGAUAUUCUCUCAGAGACAUUUCAGCUUUUGAUGGAUUCUGCCAAGGAUCUUUGCAGAAAGUUUUAUGGUUUGGUUCCGGUUGGGCUCUGUCUUCCAGCACCACCAUUGUACUGUCCUCAACCAGCUUCUCUCAGUGAAGAAGACAGUGAUGACAUUCUUUUAAAAACAGAGAAAGAAGUCCGUCAGAAAGUGUCAGGAGUUCUUCAGCGAAUUAUCUUGCUCUUCCGGGCUGCUCAUUGUUCUUGCUCUGCAGCACAGUGGUAUAUUACACAACUGAAGUGGGCAAGAAAAGUUAUGCAGAAAAUUCGAAUGAAAGGUUCUCUUCCUUUGCUGAGUCCAUUCCCAGAGACUUUACUUUGUUACUGCAAUUUUCGCACUGCUCUUUAUGGAUCUACAUCUUCUGGAGCCCAUCAGUUUGAUGACAUUACCUGUAAAAUUUUAGGUUGGUUCAGAGAGUUCUGUGCAUUAUGUUGGAUGUUUCAUGUUCGUGAAAAAUUAUCUGACAACUGUAGGCGGUACCAAACUGCAAGGGAAGAUAUUAACAAUAUCAAGGAUCCAAAUAAGAAUGGAUAUGAUGCCUACACAGUUGAGCAUUGUCUGAAUGCAGUGGAAUGGGCUUGUCGAAUGCUUCCUUUCUGCAGAUUCAUGAAUGUUGAAGAAUUAGUUCAGGAUGUAAUUUUAAGUCUGCUAGGAGAAUUGCCACCAAUAAAAAAGGUGGCAGAGGUUUUUGUAAAAGCAUUUCCUAAUCCUGAAGAUGUAAGAGUUCCACUAAGAGAUAAAUAUCAUGGACUUCUGCAGCGACUCAGACACAGUACUGCUAAAGAAGGUCCUGAAAGUGAAGAAAUGAUGUCUAUACAAGCUGCUGAAGAAGUGAGGAAGAAGGCCUUGAGACGUGUAUUAAAGAACAUAGGCCCCAUAGAAGUUAAUAUUUGGGAGCCAGUAGAAGAGGCAGCAUCAAAUGAUGAGGAACACUGUUAUGACAGAUUCUCAUUAGGUACUAGUCUAAGCACAAGCACACUUACUGAUGUUGGGAAUCCUCAGGUAUAUAAUGAUGCAGACACGCCAGACACACUUUCUGAUGCUUUGUUUACUGAAGAAACAAGACCUCAAACACCUUCAUUCCCAAGGGAAAAUGAACUCCAACGACAAAGGGAAAUAGGUAACAAAAAUACCACACACACGAUAAAAGCUCCUAACUGUAAAACAAAACAUAAAGACAAAGUGUGUAGGAGAGACAGGCUUAAUCAGCAUAAUUUGCCUGUAGUUGGUGCGUGGGAAUUUGAACGUGAUGAUGAUGAGUAUGUUAGAUUUUUAGAACUCUUUCUGAGUUACGUUCUUGAGAGAGACCUGAUAAAGUACGGUGACCUUGGAAUUCCAUUUCUCACUAGCUUUUCUGGGCUGCUUCGAGAGCAUGAAUUGAACUCUCUCUUUUUUGAUGUUCACACAACACUAAAACGUCGACAAAACAAAACUAGAAGUCCAAGUGUGUUUAGAGCAGGGUCUUGCUAUACUGUCACCCUGGCAUCCUGUGAUCCUGAAGAAGUACCUGCCUGUAAUGAAAACAAAAAUAUUUUGGAAAAACCAACAAUUGUACAGUCUGUUGGGCAGACCACAGAACCUUCUGUGUGUAACCUAAAAAAAAGACUUAAAGAAGGCUUAUUUGGUUUAAAAUACAAACCAAUAUACAGAGCUCAGACUGACAAUCAAGGAGUCAGUGUUGCACAAGCAAGCCAGACCUUUCGUAACCGUGCUUCCUCUACCCUGCAAACUCAGGCAAUUCCUAAAUACAUUUACAAAACUCUUGAUGUAGUUGGUAUUGUACCAGCAGAAGAACUGCCUAUAGAUCUGAUGGGCAAAUUGAGCAAUAUUUCAAAAUUGCUGGAGUGGAUGAUCAGAUGGUCCGAUAAAAGACUGCCCUGUGGUUCCAAUAAACAAGAUUGCUUAGAAGAGACUCUCCCAAUGAUACAUCUGAAAACAUCAUCGGCAGCUGUCCUUACGUCUUUUUGGUUGUUAGAACAGUUAUAUGGAGACAGAUCUCAAACAAGGAGCGUAAAAUGUAAGCAUCCAGAUGAUCAAUAUCUGAAAGAAAUUGCAUCUCUAUCAGAAGCCCAGUCUAGAGCAGAGGAAGAAAGUUGUAUGGAUGAAGGCUCUUCCACAGUGGCCAAUUCUCCUCUUGAUGUUCAGAUUGUACAAGUCUGUGAUAAUCUUCGUGAAAGUGAUUUGGGAAUGUCUGCAAAGUCAAAAUAUUUUUAUAAGAAGAAAAUUAAUCACGGAAAUAAUUCUGUGUCUCAUAUAACUGAAGACCUGAAUGAAGUGGGACCAUUUGUUCAGCAAGAGUUGGAUGUAACAUCAGAACAAGAAUUCUUUGAGGAGCCAUAUGAAACUUCAAAGAGCUCCAAUAGCUCUGUCAAGAUCAGACCUGUAGAACAUCAAAGAGAACAGGGUGCAGUCCCAUGGGACCCUACCAAGCAGCUCCCUGAAGAAGCCAAAGUCUGCUCUUCUAAAGUGAAGGUUGCCAUUUCAGCUGUAGAUAGUGCUCAAGAAGAUCCAAACCUGGAAGAAACAAAGGAAGAAAAGGCUGAACAGAAUAUUGCAGAUGCUGUAAGUGAUUCUCAGCCUUCUGAGACGGCUGUGUCGACUAUGUCAAGUCUUGCCUCCUAUACUUCUGUUCGUGCAAAGCAAGAAGUCAAGGAAGAAGUUCCUAGAGAAGAGAAACCAAGCACAUCAGAAACUGUCAGGCAGAUGCUACAAGAUGAAAUGUUUAAAUUAGUUCAGCUUCAGCAGAUCAACUUCAUGAGUUUAAUGCAGUUAGUGCAGUCAUCCUUUACCAAUGUGCCAAAUGUGCAACAAGUAUUACAGCAGCAUCGGUUAGUUCACCUGGCAGGGAGCCAGCCUGCACACACUGCUGAAAGCAAUGCUUCUCCAAAAAUGCAAGAAGAAACAGGAAAAACGGGUCAAGAGAGCUCUGUUUUUCAGCCAAGGAGGAGUGUAGAAGAUGAAAGCAACAAUGGUCAAAUAAAAAAUUGUGUGGAUAUGAGUACCUCUUUGGCAUUAUUUGAAAGCAACAGCAAGGAAACGGAAUUAAUGUCACCAUACCAAGAUCUACAUUCUUCAGUGCCUACUAAACCACUUCAUCUCCUGGCUCCUUCCUCCGGCAUCCAGAAAAAAGUGAAGCUUAUUCCUGUUGAAAAAGAAAGUAGUUACUCAAAUGGAUUUCCUUUGCUUACACUUGAAUCAAGUUAUCAUGUCAAACCAGCAUUUUUACAUCCAACAGAAAUGCCAUCAGCAUUUGCCAGGCUACCCUCAGUACCACGAGUAGCUUGGAGUUCAUCAGAUUCCUUAUGGAACCAUCAGUCAUCAUAUGCACCAAGAAAGAGUAAGGCAGAGGAAGAUUUCCACAGAAAUAGUUGCAAUCCUGAGAUUUCAAGACAAAAGUACAAGGAAAAGGAGAGAUGGGCAGAAACAGUGCAUGAGGGUCCUCCCAAACAUCUGAAUUCAGAUCAGUGUGAAGGACAGCAGGAGGAUUCACCUCAGCCACAGUUCCCUGAAAAUGUGAACGUGUUCAAAGCACCAACCACUCAGAACCUGGCUGCUAUUCCACUGUUGCGCUUGCAACUUGACCCAGUACCUAGAGUUCCACCAGCUGUAAGGCAGCCAAUCACUACUACUUUAAUACCUAUUAAACCUGCAGCAAAGGAUGCUGACUCCAGAGAAACACAGUGGGAUGCAGGAAUAUCACUACUUCAGAUUAAUUUACGUCAGAAAAAGAAGGCACCAAAUCUCAUCCCCCUUGGAGAUCUCAUUGCAUUUGAGCAAUGCCACAAGCAUCAUUCUGUGCCCAGCAGUUCCUUUGGACAAGACCAAACCAAAUCUAUCCAGCUACUAAGAACUGAUGUUGAACCAUUUGAGCUUAGAGAUGUGCAGAACAAAAGAAAAAGUAAAAAGAGGCGUAGUAAGAAGCAACUGAAAGAGAAGGAGGAUAAGAAGAAACUAAGUGUGUCCUUCCGUCCAGACGACUCCAUCAUCAGCAUUAGUGACACAGCAGUGGCUUCUGAAUCAGAGACUGGGGAUCACAAACCAAAAUCAACAUCUUACGUUCAAGAUGGUUUUCCCGUGUCAAUGGAUAUAAUGGAUAAAGCAAGUAUUACCUCAGCAGAUCUACAUUAUUUAGCUUCUGUAGGAAAAAAAACAGCAGAAACCCAAGAUGCAAGUACAAAUACUAACCCAGUGCUCAAAUCAUAUGAGGAUCAUGGGACCAGUGGUGGAAAUGAGGUUUCCAAAGUUCAAGAAAACGAGCUGGUCACAUCUGUUCCUGUGUCAGAAUCAUCCAGUUCCUCUGAGAUACUACUGCCAGACAUGUAUUUAAACCUGAGUUUCCCCACUGAAGUGAAUGAGAAACCUUUACCAUCCCUCCUGUCAGAUGCACCUGAUUUGCAUAAACGGGAAUAUAUCAGUGUGGUUGACAUUGAAGACAGUGACAUCCUUAGCAAUUUGCCCUUGAAAUCUGAGUCUGAAGAAGAGAGAGCUGCUGAACAGGAGAAGAAGCUUGAAGUUCCAUCUACUACAAAACUUCAUGACACAGCAGCUUCUGUUACUAAUGCAGUUCCACCUGAGGCACUUCAUAAGCAAGAUAACCAUCAGAAGAAUGUGUCAGACAAAUUGCAAAAGAAAGAUAAGUCAGAUUCUGUUACAGAUAUUGUAACUUGGAACACAGCACAUGAAGAUGGAGGAACUGUUCCUUCUUCAGGGCUUCCACCCAAACUAAUUGAAAAAGAGUACUUCUCCACAAGGCAGAAGGAAAUGGAUAUGCAAUUACGGGUACUAGAGAACAUAGUAGAAAAUAUGGAGCAGGAUUUCAGAAAUAGCAAAAUGUUAGUGAAGCUAAUAGAAGAUUUUGAAAUGGCUGCUGAUUCUGACCUUGGUGCUCAUCCUGCAGUCUCUGAAGUUGCUGGAGUCAUUGGUGCUGAAUCAGAACAUCAUUUGACAGGCAUGAUUUUUGAAGAUGUUAUAGAUGAUCAAAAGGAGAGCUUAAACUUGAAAUAUCCAGCGCCCAGUUCUACUACAGUGGAUGCACACUCUUCUGCCUCUUCAGCAUUGGCUUCUAAGUUUCCCAGUGGCCUGAAGUCACCUUCUGAUGGAGAGAUUAGUUUAGGAGAGGAAGCAGUGCUCUUCCUUCCAAGACAGCCAUACUGCUCUUCAGUUGCAUCUUCUGAAUUCCAAGCUUCUUCUGAGUACCUGGAUUCCUCAAGUUCUCACAUAUGCAGAGAUCUAUGUCCUGGCUCUUUAGAAGAUCCCCUGCAAAUUGCUGGACCAAGUGAUGUUACUGACAUUGGGAAUGAUCGUGUUGUAGAAAGUGACACCUCUCUGCUGGAGCUGAGCUUUGCAAGAACACAGGCUAAGAAAACCUUUAGGGUUCUUGAUUCUGCUUCUGGGCAUUCUCAAAGAACAGAAAAGGAAAGGAAAGAGAUCCAAACAUGGAUGAAAAGAAAGCAAAAGGAAAGAAUGAGAGAAUAUUUGAAGAAACUAGAUGAACAAAGACAAAAAGAACAUCAUCCAUUCAGCCUGAGAAAGAAUGUGCAUCAUAAUCCUACUUCAAAGGAUAUUAGAGUCUUCCAGAAGAAGAAAGAAGAAAAGGACAAAGCCCUGUUGUCUGAGCAUCACAGAAUCAGAGUAUCACAGGCACUUUCUCUGAUGAAUGAAAUGUUAUCUGAAACAGUGGCAUCACCAGCAAGUGAUCACAGGAUGUUGUCCAGCACAAGAUCAGCUCAAGCUUACAGUAGGAGGAAGGUGGCAUCUAGUACAGGAGCGCAUCUGAGCAGUCCUGUUCUGGCAGAAAGAAGCAGAACUGCUGCCAAACCUGGUUUUGGUCAAAAAGUGCAACACUUCACCCCAACUCUUGGUUUAACACAGUCUAGGGGAAAUGCCUGUAUGCUCCUUCAGAAAAGUACCUCCAGAAGAAGACUGAGAAAUGCUACAAAUGGUCCUGUUAAGUCUAGACACUCUGCUGAGUGCAGAGUCAGCAGAGGCUCAAUACAAAAGCCUCCUCAAGUUGCCACUGCAGUUCAGACAGAAGGUGUUGAUCCUGACACUGAUCGAGACGUGGUGAGUCCUUGGACUAUGCCUGAUGAUAUCCAAAGAAUACUUCAAGAUACUCAUGACUCCAUGUUCCAGGCCUCUGCAGUGCACAGCAUGAGCUUCUCUCCUCUCAGCAGUAUCAACACUGACAGUGUUUCUGAAAGCACAGGGAGCAUCCUCAGCAAGCUGGACUGGAAUGCAGUUGAGGCUAUGAUAGCAGAUGUGGAAGACACAUGAAUAGUUCUCAGCCACUGUGCUCUUCCAAAUAGUUGUUGGUGUUUGGGUUUUGUUUUUUAAAAUCAGUAAUUGUUCUACUUAAAAUGGAUUGAGGCCUGCAUUGGUUUCCUUCUUAAAGCAUCAUGGAAACUCUCACCGUUUCCAGCCUUGCCUAGAUGAAGCUGAAUUCCUAAAAAUGUAGUUUUGCUUCCAUAUAUCUUCAGGUCAAGAAGAACUAAAUAUAGUUGGUAAAGGCAGACCCACAGUCUUAAACAGAUCUGGGUCAGCUGCUUUACAUAGAAACAUAUAUAAAACACAAAAAAAGUUAUUUUAUUUUAAGAGCAGUAUACAACUGUUUUACUUUUGUAUUUAAUAUUUAACACUAUUAUGAAGUUAUUUUUGUAACAUAAGGGUUGUGAUAAACUGGUUUAAUAAAAGUG